CUCGGUGGCCAAUCGGGGCUGAGCUUCCAGAACUGGGCCGGGACCUUCGGGUGCCGCCCCGAGCGCUUCUUCCGACCCCGGCACCUCGGCGACAUCCGGCAGAUCCUGGAGCUGGCGCGGCAGCAGGGCAAGCGCGUGAAGGUGGUCGGGGGCGGCCACUCCCCCUCGGACAUCGCCUGCACCGACGGCUUCAUGAUCCACAUGGGCCACCUCAGCCGCGUGCUGAAGGUGGACCGGGAGAAGCUGCAGGUGAAGGUCCAGGCCGGGAUCCUCCUCUCCCAGCUCAACCUGCAGCUCGACAAACACGGCCUGGCCCUGCAGAAUCUGGGCGCCGUGUCGGAGGUGACGGCGGCCGGGGUCAUCGGCACGGGGACGCACAACACCGGCAUCCAGCACGGCAUCCUGGCCACGCAGGUGGUGGCGCUGACGCUGCUGCUGGCCUCGGGGGAGCUUCUGGAAUGUUCCGAGUCGCUGAACCCCGACGUGUUCGGGGCGGCGCGGCUGCACCUGGGGGCGCUGGGGAUCGUCCUGGACGUCACCUUCCAGUGCGUGCCCCGCUUCCGCCUGCGACAGCUCGCCUUCCCCUCCACCCUCACACAGGUGCUGGAUGAGCUGGACGAGCACCUGAGCAAUUCCCGCUAUUUUCGCUUCCUGUGGUUCCCGCACACCGAGAACGUUCAGCCCCCGCGCUCCUCGUCCAGCUGGUUCUGGGAUUACGCCGUGGGAUUUCACCUGCUGCAGCUCCUGCUCUGGAUCAGCUCCUUCUUCCCCAGCCUGGUGGUUUGGAUCAACCGCGCGUUCUUCCGGCUCCUGUUCAGCUCCCGCCAGGAGAGCGUCGGCCGCAGCCACCAAAUCCUCAACUACGAGUGCCGCUUCCGGCAGCACGUGCAGGACUGGGCCGUCCCCAUCGGCCGGACGCGGGCGGCGCUGCUGGAGCUGCGGGCGGCGCUGGCGGCGGAUCCGGGCCUGGGGGCGCAUUUCCCGGUGGAGAUCCGCUUCUGCCGCCGCGACCGCAUCCCGCUCAGCCCCUGCUUCCGCCGCGACAGCUGCUACAUCAACGUCGUCAUGUACAGGCCGUACGGGCGGGCCGUGUCCCACGGGCGCUACUGGGAGCUCUACGAGGGGAUCAUGCGCAGGCACGGAGGGAGACCCCACUGGGCAAAG